UAUUGAUUCUGCGAUACAAGGACAUGCCUAUAUGGCCACAUGGCGUGAUUCCACUGAUCUGAAAGCUUAUGUGUUCUCCUCCAGAGUAUGCGGGUUCAUGCUAAAAGCUUACUUGCAUCGUUGACGAACUUGAAUUCCGUAUGAUUGGUUCUUUGGGUCCACCUAGCCCUAUUGCGGUCCCAUAUAACAAGCACUUGCCAAGAAUACUCCGGUAUCAGACUUCGGACAAACGAAACUCCUCUGCACAGCAUGUAGUUCAAUUGAGCUCACACCGGGUAAUAUGUGUACACAGGGGCGUUUGCAGCACUGGAACUCCAGAAAUAGGUCAAGCCACUCGAAAUCCGUGCUUAUGGCGAAGUGUAGAGGAGCUGGUUGGACUUGCACUAGGCGUCUAUGACUCUGGUUCUACAAUCCUUCCAACUCCCCUAUCUCGUGGCUUGUCCUUGGUUAUUCCGCGUGGUACGAUUGAGCAAAAGGGAGUUGAAUUGGGGGCCGUGAUGGAGCCAUCUCUCAAAGGGUUGUAUACUCAAGUGUUAAAUCGAUCGCCGGCAAACGAUUUAUAAGGUCUGUCGUCGCCGUCGAUAUACUGUCCUUUCACCAGUCUCAACUACAGGACGUUAAUUCCAUACACUUACUUUAAUAUCAUACUACACCGUUAGCUAUCGCCUUUUUGUGCAACCUAAUCGAUAAUCAAUCAUGUCUUCUACUUUGAACAAUGGAGCUCAGAAUGGCCAGAAUGGCCUGGUUGGCAUCGUUGGCAUGGCCUGCCGUGUCCCGGGGGCUACAAACAUCCAUGAAUUCUGGCAACUGAUGAAGGAGCGCAGAGACCUUCGUCGCAAGAUGCCUGCUGACCGAUUCAACGUGGAUGGGUUCUACCAUCCCAAUGGCCCGAACAAGGGGACUUUGAACGCUCCCUAUGGAUAUUUCCUGGACCAGAAUCUGGGAGAUUUCGAUGCUGGCUUCUUCGGUAUCUCUCCCAAGGAGGCCGAAGCGAUGGACCCUCAGCAGCGCCUCGCUUUGGAGGUUGUGUACGAAGCACUGGAGGACGCUGGUAUCCCAUUCCCCGAUCUUGCGGGAUCUCGCACCUCGGUCUAUUGCGGCUCGUUUACCAAUGACUACGGUAAACUGAUUGAUCGGGAUAUGGCCUCAU